CGAUGGCCGGCAGCACGAAGUUGUGGAAAAUGAAAGGCGGGAUACAUUCAUGGCCUUUCGCUUUUUUCUUAACGGAGGAUGCUCAAGACGAAAAAGAAGAUAGCUGCUUUGUUCUCGCAGGAAUUAUCUCGCGGAUGACAUUAUGGCAUACGACGUACUAUCUUGAUCCUGAAAAGUCCCAUGAGCCAAUGAAUUUGCUUACAAUUGAUGACAAUCAUCUUUGAUUUUCAUCACCCUCAUCUUCCAGUGCUAUGAUUUGAAACGAAACGAAAGCCAUCUGAGGCGAUACAUAUCACAUACAAACAGCACCUAUACCUGAAUU